UCUUGGAAAUCUGACAAACUUAGUAAGCUUGGAUCUUUACUUGAACAGCUUCAUUGGUCCCAUUCCAGAUUCUCUGGGAAACCUCUUCAAGCUGCGCUUUCUGAUAGCCGGCUCAACAAUAACAGUCUUACCGGACCAAUUCCCUUGUCAUUGACUAAUAUCACGACUCUUCAAGUUUUGGAUCUGUCGAACAACCAAUUAUCUGGAUCCGUUCCUGACAAUGGGUCCUUCUCGCUUUUCACUCCCAUCAGUUUUGCUAAUAACUUGGGUUUAUGCGGCCCAGUUACUAGCCGUCCCUGUCCUGGAUCUCCCCCAUUUUCUCCUCCUCCACCUUUUAUACCACCUCCCACAAUUCCUACACCAGGCGGAUAUAGUGCUACUGGAGCCAUUGCAGGAGGAGUUGCUGCUGGUGCUGCUUUGCUAUUUGCUGCUCCUGCUUUAGCUUUUGCUUGGUUGCGUAGAAGAAAACCUCAAGAAUUAUUUUUUGAUGUUCCUGCCGAGGAGGACCCUGAGGUUCACUUGGGACAGCUGAAGCGGUUCUCACUACGAGAACUGCAAGUAGCGACGGAUAGCUUCAGCAACAAGAACAUCUUGGGUCGAGGUGGGUUUGGAAAAGUCUACAAAGGCCGUCUUGCUGAUGGAACACUUGUGGCAGUAAAACGGCUUAAAGAAGAGCGCACCCCAGGUGGUGAGCUUCAGUUUCAGACAGAAGUGGAGAUGAUAAGCAUGGCCGUUCACAGAAAUCUCCUCAGACUACGCGGUUUCUGUAUGACCCCUACCGAGAGAUUGCUUGUUUACCCUUACAUGGCUAAUGGAAGUGUUGCUUCCUGUUUGAGAGAACGUCCACCAUCACAGUUGCCACUAGCCUGGCCAAUAAGACAGCAAAUCGCACUAGGAUCAGCGAGGGGUUUGUCUUAUCUUCAUGAUCAUUGCGACCCCAAAAUUAUCCACCGUGAUGUGAAAGCUGCUAAUAUUCUGUUGGACGAGGAUUUUGAGGCGGUUGUAGGCGAUUUCGGGUUGGCUAGGCUUAUGGAUUAUAAGGAUACACAUGUGACAACGGCUGUGCGUGGGACUAUUGGUCACAUUGCUCCUGAGUAUCUCUCAACUGGAAAAUCAUCAGAGAAAACCGAUGUUUUUGGCUACGGGAUCAUGCUUUUGGAACUGAUUACAGGUCAGAGAGCUUUUGAUCUUGCAAGACUGGCGAAUGACGAUGACGUUAUGCUCCUAGAUUGGGUGAAAGGGCUUUUGAAGGAAAAGAAACUAGAGAUGCUUGUGGAUCCUGAUCUGCAGAGCAAUUACACAGAAGCAGAAGUAGAACAGCUCAUACAAGCGGCUCUUCUCUGCACACAGAGCUCACCUAUAGAACGACCUAAGAUGUCUGAGGUUGUCCGAAUGCUUGAAGGUGACCGGUUUGGCUGAGAAAUGGGACCAGUGGCAGAAAGUAGAAGUUCUCAGGCAAGAAGUGGAGCUGUCUUCUCAUGCGGAUCCUUGAUUCUACGGAUAAUCUUCAUGCUGUUGAGUUGUCUGGUCCGAGAUAAAAGACAUUGUAAUUUGUCUAACAGAAACGAUAAAGAAUAGAGAAAAAUUAAGGCAAAUCACUUCUUUGUAUUCUUUGGUUGAAAAAAAAAAAUGU